AGCUCAAGCUUAUCGUCAAUCUUUAUAUUUAAAUCUAUAUAUAUGAACAUAUCCUGCCGCUCAUUUCUUUAUCAUACAUACUUGACACUCUAUCUUAAAUUUGAAAUCUUCCACAAUGACCUCGAAUAUGGUUGAUAUCAUUGCACCAAUUGUUGCUCCACUGCCCGACCCUCCAAAGGAUCAAUACUUCACAGAUCUCCAAUGGAGUACAUUAAUGGCGAUUAUGGAUACCGUCAUUCCUUCAAUACAUAAAGCUUCGGUCACAAAUGAUCCAUUCGGUCAAAUCUCAGUUCCCGAUGAACAGUACAGUGAUGCUGUAGCUCAUAUGCGAGCGACAAUCUCAUCGCCACCGUCAACGGAAGCAUUAGAAGCAUACCUCAAUGAAAAGCCGUCUGAUAUUCCAGCCUUUCAAGAUAUCCUUCUUCGUGCUUUAACCAUAUAUGCUCGUGAGGAUGCUCGGAAAGUCCUUGGUUUCAUUCUCACCACUCUCAAUACCCGCCUCGGCUCAUUAAUGCUCACAGGCUACGCUUCACCCCUACAGUCUCAUCCAAUCAACAUCCGUGAAUCAAUCCUUGUGAACUGGCGCUAUUCAUACUUCUUUCCGCUCCGCGCCAUCGCCAAAACAAUGUCGUUAUUAGGUAAAAACAUUUGGCUGAAAACGUCACCGAAUUUCGAUCGAGUCACGGGUUUUGUCAAAGUUCCCGAUCAUUAUGAACCAGGUCCCCAUUACGAGUAUAAGUUUCUUCAAUUUCCGGCAGGCGAAGAACCUUGGAUUAUCGAGACAGAUGUUGUGAUUGUGGGAAGUGGAUGCGGAGGUGCAGUUUGUGCGAAGAAUAUGGCGGAAGAUGGACAUAAGGUUUUGGUGGUGGAGAAAUCCUAUUAUUAUCCUCCUUCACAAUUACCAAUGUCCGAAGCGACUUCGGGUAUUCACCUCUUCGAAAAUGGAGGGGUAAUUAUAAAUGAUGAUUCCAGUAUGUCGAUUGUAGCGGGUAGUAAUUGGGGAGGUGGAGGAACUAUUAAUUGGAGCGCAAGUUUACAAACACAAGAUUUUGUGAGGAAAGAAUGGGCUGAGGAUAGAGGAUUGAAGUUUUUUGCUUCGACGGAUUUUCAGGAUUGUUUGGAUAGAGUUUGUGAGAGAAUGGGUGUUAGUGCGGAACAUGUAAGGCAAAAUCAUGGGAACCAAGUGUUAUUGGAGGGUUCGAGAAAGUUGGGAUUUAAUGCGAAGCCUGUUCCUCAAAACACUGGAGGACAUGAACAUUAUUGUGGACAUUGCUCAAAUGGAUGUGGAUCUUCACAGAAGCAAGGGCCAGUCGUGUCUUGGUUACCAGAUGCUGCGAAGGCUGGUGCAGAAUUUGUUGAAGGUUUCAAGGUUGAUCAUGUUAUUUUUGACGAAUUGGAUGAGAAAAAGGCAGUUGGAGUGAAAGGAGUUUGGACUUCGAGGAAUGUUAAGGGUGGUGUUGAUGGCCCUUUAUCUGGUAAAACAGUCCGAGAAGUUAUUGUCAAGGCGAAGAAAGUUAUCAUCUCGACUGGCACGCUUUGGACUCCUAUUAUAUUGAAAAAUAGUGGUCUCACAAAUCCACAAAUUGGAAGGAACUUAUAUCUUCAUCCAGUCAGUAUGGUCAGCGCCGUAUUCCCCGAGGAUGUGAAGCCAUGGGAAGGUGGCAUCCUCACAAGCGUAUGUAGCUCUUUCGAAAACCUCGAUUCGCACGGCCACGGCGUCAAACUCGAAGCAACUUGUAUGAUGCCAUCCCUCUCCCUCUCAUUUCUCAACUACCCAACCGGAUUCGACUAUAAGUUUAAAUCUCUCUUCUACCGCCACAUGAAUGCUUUCAUCUCCAUCGCUCGGGACCGCGACAGUGGACUUGUAUAUCCUGAUGCCAAGACCGGCCUCCCAAGGAUCUCAUACACCCCGAGCGAUUUUGACAGAAGUCACAUUCUGCAAGGUGUCCUUGCCUUGGCAAAGAUCUGUUAUGUAAGCGGCGCAAGAGAAAUACAUACCACGAUUCAGGGUCUUGAGCCUUUUGUUCGUUCUCCAGCUUCUCUUUCCAUCAAUUCAAACGACUUUUCUUCCGACCCUUCUUUCCAAACUUGGCUCACAAAACUCUCUACUAUGAACACAAAACCUCCAGCAUCUCAAUUUGCAUCUGCGCAUCAAAUGGGUACUUCGCGCAUGAGUACACGCCCGGAAAAUGGAGUUGUAGAUCCCAAAGGAAAGGUUUGGGGCGUGGAAAAUUUGUACGUUAGUGAUGCAAGUGUAUUUCCAAGUGCGAGCGGUGUUAAUCCGAUGAUCACAAAUAUGGCGAUUAGUGACUGGAUUAGUAGAGGCAUUAGUAAGGAAUUAAAUGAGCAAGUUGGUGGAGAGAGGGUCGAGGAAAGAGCGAGGUUGUGAAUAUCGAAUUUCAGGACUUGGUAACGGGAUAUACUGUCAUGAUUGAAAUCAGAACGGCCAACUGGUUUUCAAUCGGCUUGGUAUUAGAUAUGUCUUUAUGGACUGCGGAGCUAUUUGCACCCGGUUUGUUUCUUUAUUUGACGGUUAGGGAAUUUAUUAUUACAGCUUCUUCUCAAUACUCGAAGCAUCUGUUUCUGCGACACGAUACACGAUUUUUUUGAUAUCCUUUCACUCUCAAAGCAAUUAUAGCGCACUUUUAUUCACUCCGAGAUCAACACAUCUGUCAUAUCUCUUGGCAGCCUUGGGAUCACUGCCUUGCCGUGAUCGUUCUCUUUCACUGUUCACGACAAUUUUCUUCUAUCAGAUGACUCUGAACUUCUAGAACAAACCAGUCUUUCAUGAGAACUUCAACAACAGUAGUACAAAUAUUUCUAGGACUUAGUAGGUCUAGCUCAAACGAAUCUCUGAGAAAGAAAAGCGCACUACUCUUUUUAAGUGCCCCCAUAAACCUACCAGAUACCCCUCUUAGAAAUUCUAGAACUUCUAGAAAAACUAUAUAUCCUCUGGCCAAUCACUUUGGCGUCGCUAUCAAAGAAUUCCUCAUAUUCGUCCUCUUCAUUUUUUUUCUUCACAUCAACGCGAACAAUGAUAAGCCUCAAGAACAAUGUUAAGGAGACGUACUAAAUUUGCCGAGAAAUUAAGUCUUCUCAACAGCGAGUAUUUUCUUUUCUUUGAAGAUUUUCAUUAUUACCAUAUUCCCGACUAAAGUCUCUAGAGUAUUUAUACAUAUACAAUAGACAGAGAGAGAGAUGAAUAAGAAGAGAUCUCCAUCUUCCCACUUAUCCACUCCCCCAUUCUCUCAUUUUAAUUCUCGUUCAUACACCUAGCCAUUCGUUACCUAGGCAUCAUUAUCAGCACCUUCAAACCAAUUUUCCAUUAUCAAUAUAGCCACGUUCAUUAACAGUUUAAAUACAAGAAAAGAUGUUUGCCCUACCAAUCGUUACAACAUUUCCUUACUACCCACGACCUCCUCAUAUUCCUCCCUAAGAUCGUUUGAAAGCUCUUGAGGCAUAGCAACGAGAUCCUUUACCUUCCUGCCCGCUCUCUCAAUACCUACGCAUCACAACUCUCAACUUUACAACAAAAUAUAAACCAUCCAAAAACCAAAAAGAUGUGGAACAAGAAUCCAGCAAUAGCACAAACAUUGACCCAAAUCGCACAAAUUCAACCGCUUCCAAAGCCAUACAUACCCCUCAUCCUCAAAUCCUCGCGACUAGAUAGAUACAUACCAUCAAGAUCCCACAUUCUCUCACCCCCGAUCAAAACACUCAAAGAUCAUUUUCACGCUCGCAAUAUCAAUCAAUCACUAGCAAAACAAGCCCCUUUCAAAUGUUACGUAUCGCUUUCGAAGCUCGCAGAUAUUAAAUCUAUCUUUCUCCUAACUCUGUGCAAGAGCUAUGCGUUGCAAUGGUAUUCUAUCGCACCCCAAAUAGUAUGCAUCAGCGCGCCACACUUAUAUUCAAAAUUCUCUCAAAUCUUCCUCGAUCAAAGAUGGUGCGGUAAUAAUGGAGAACAUCUACCAUUCGUCGCUUCAUCAACCCAUGAUCUUUUACUUUACAUAUUAUACUGCGAUAAGUAUUCGAGCCCACAGCUUACAGCGCACAACAAAAAUAUCAUUACCACCUACCGAUCUACCUACCCACCACCCUUCCCCUACAGGUAUACCGACCAGAACUUAGAGAUAUAGAAAGCAUCAUUGUUCACCCUAAAGAAAUGUACAUAAAGUCUCACAAGAAAUACAUUGCGUCGUUUAUCUCACAAGCACCCAAAAACAUAUACACACGUGUUU